AUGAAUGACGCUAAGGACUACAAAUCGAAAAGCCUCAAGUUUUCGUUCUCACCGGUAAACGAGAUUUUCAAUUUGCAAACCGUUUCUGAGCUAUCUUGUACGGCAUGUGGUGAACAGUCUGCUACAUUCGAGGAGUGCAGCUUGAUAACUGUGGAACUACCGGUUCAUGCAUCUCGCACGAGCUUGCAUCAGUGCCUUAGCAGUCAUUUCUCGCAGACAACCUUGGAUGGUGACUGCCGUUGGAACUGCCCAAGGUGUCGUGCUCCGAAACGAGCGUCACGCCUAACAAAGCUGUGGUCGCUUCCACCUGUUGUGGUGCGUUUUUUUUC